AUGUUUAAGGACGGAGACGACGAGGAUGAGCAUAACAUGAACGUUACGAGGUAUCCUUGCAUGCCUUCGUUGGUGGCGCUGCAGCAGAUGAGGAACCGUCUUCAGAUGGCGCACUUAGGGAAGAAGCUGAUGAAAUGGACAGCUCUGGCCACUGGACGCGAGUUGAGGAGAUUGGCCAUUGAGAUUAACGAAACCCACCGACGUUUCAACGAGGACAUGCGAACGGCCUUCAUGCUCCUGGCUCGCGGAAGAUACUUCUGUUCGAACUUAAAUCAGUACGUGCUGGAGAAUGUUGAGGCUAAGGCUUGCGUUAGAGUUGAAACUACAAACAAAUCUAUCUCCGGCGUCAAAGUUCCUCACAUGGAAGUUGUUGAGUUGGGAGGACCACCGUACAACCAUCUAGGAUUGGAGAAGGGAGGCCACACAAUCGAAGAAGCGAAGGAGAAGUGGAGGGAGCUGCUGAAGAAAAUGAUACUGAUGGUACAACAGAGGACUGGCUUUGCCAGGAUCGAAGUGGCCCAUAAAAACGCCACUAAGAAAUGGAAUAUCUUAAUAAAAAUUGUGAUACCAAAAUUACUGGACACGAUAGCGUAUAUUCUGAUAGAACUAGAAGAACAAGAAAGGGAGAAUUUGUUCCGAAUAAAGGUAUUCAAAAAAUCACAGGCGCAUCAAAAAGAGUCGCCCGUUAAAGUAUGUUGUUGCUGUUUGAAGAUGUUCGAAGCUGAUACUCAAGUUGAAUCCGUUUGUCCUGCCUGCAGUAAGGCAGCAAAAUUGAAGAAGGAAUCGAAUUUAAAGAUCGAAAUAGCUCCGUGCAAAAGUGCUGAAGUAAAAUCGAAUCAGAACAGGAAACGAUUAGAGCAGUUAAUGGCACAUAUCGAUGAAGUCAUAGGAUUAACGAAAAAUUACAAAACGGAGGGAAUCGUUUCGCCUAGUAUUGAGAAAUUCAUAAAAACGUGCAGCAAGAUAAAAUUGAAAAUAGAAAAUAUGACGAAUGCACCACCGUCUUGCGAUAUAUGCCAAAAGGCAUUGGAAAUGACCGAGAGCCGAAUCACGUUGACCCCAAAACCUUCAACUAACAACGCCUCGACUUGUAACAUACAAGAGCCUCCAGAAUCUUGUAAGCCAUGUAGUGUAACUAGUGAACCUAAAAACGAGGACAUUUUAGGAUACUUUGAAACUGAAUAUAAGGAAAUCGUCAAAGUUCGUAGACUGCAGAACGAAGACGGCAGUAUUAGUGAAGAAAAGCAAGUCAUCACGGUUAAAACUGAAAAGAAAUGUCCUAACAAACUGGGUGCUCUAGAAGACAAGGAAAUAUUCGAUACCAGUAAAAUUGGUGACACAGAAUACGAAUCUAGAAGAAGUAAAUCAGUGCAUACUAACCACAAUGAGAGACUUGAGCCGAAGAUCAGGCGAUGCAUGUCCUCAGACCAAUAUGGAUUAACGCAAACGGAAAGAAAUUGUAAAUUCAGUUCUGCCAGCGCUAAAGGUUCUAGAGCCUCUUUACCGGCAGCCUCUCAAGCUUCCUGUGUAUCAACAAAGUCUGUGGAUUCCAACUGCUGCUCUAAAAAGCCACGUACAGUUUGUGGCGGCGAUUCCAUACAGAACGUUUCUCUGGCAAGUCAAAGUUGUUGCAAGAUUAUAAAGAAACCAAUCGAAUCGAAGAGCUCUUGUGUGUCAGUUUGUGGAGAUGAUCGUAAGCGAAACGAUAAAUCUAAUAAUAGGAGAGCCACUUCGACUGAGGCUUUGUGGCGAGAUCAAUGGACUUCGAUGACAGAUUUCGAGACGGUGCCAAGUAAAGUAAUGAAAAAUCCUAGUUGGAAUGGGAAAUAUUCCAGUUUGAACACUGAUGAUAACUUGGAUGAUGGUAACGAACUUAAAUCAAAUAGCUGUUGCAUUAUAAAGAUAAUAAAAAAACCAAACAAUGAAUCGAACAAAACUGGUUUGAAUGCCAACCGAACGGAUUGUAAGAAUGUAGUCAUCAAGGGAGGUAUGCUAGAAGUUUUGAAGAAAAUUAUUUUACCGAAUACAAAUUCGAGCCGUGGACUCCAAAAGACAGUCGACGAACCUGAAACGGAGUUUUUUGACAAACCAACAGAGGUUAAAAUUUGUAAAAGCUGUUCGGAAAAGAUGAAUUCCUUAGGAGCUUCCCAAAAGUCGUUUGCUUCAUCGAAAUCUUCUAAAUAUUGCUCUGCCGAUGACCAAUCUAUGGACAGGAGCUGUCCGUCUUGUGGUACGAUGCCCAAAUCUUCAUGUACGUCUAUAUCCUCAAAGAGUUUGGCUGCGUGCUCCUUGACUAGCAUAGACACUUCGGCCCGCAACUCUUGCUGCAAUAGCCAGACCACGUCCAAGAAGAGCUCCGAAAAGAAAGUUGACUGCAAAAUUUGCACGGCUGAAGAGGCCCCGUCUGCCCAAUCUGUCUGCUGCUCCAAUACCAAGUCCACUUCCACUUGUUGCCCUUUAAAAUCAUCCGAAGAAUCGCUCAAGAAGGAUGCUUCAACGUCUACUCGAAGAUCCGCUCGCUUUGACGUCAGACCGUUGAGGAGAAGACCUGCUUCUGUCAAAGCUAAUCUAGACUGCACUUGUUAUUCAGACUCUCAUAUGCUGAGAAAUAGAAAGAACAAACAAGCUAGAAGAACUAAAUCGUUUUGCGAAGAUGAGUACUAUUACUUUAGGUGGUAA